AUGAUUCACAAGUCCCAUACCACCGCCCAAAGGUCCUUCAGGUGCCACGUGUGCGGCAAAGUGUUCAGCCAAAAGGGCCAUCUGCUGAUUCACAAGAAUGUCCACGCGGAGGUGAGGCCCUUCGGAUGCGACACCUGCGGUAGGCGCUUCACUCAGAAGGGGAACCUCCUUCGGCACUCGCUCUUGCACACCAACGAAAAGCCCUUCGGAUGCGGCAUCUGCACGAAAUUCUUCGUGCAAAAGGCUCAUUUGGUGAAGCACGUCGUGGUGCACAGGCAGAGGUUGGCUACCCUUAAAAGUUGGUCACGUGAAAGCUCCCUAUAUAACUUUCAGAUCAGACAGAAAGUCAUCAGUUGUUUCAAGAUGAUUCACAAGUCCCAUACCACCGCCCAAAGGUCCUUCAGGUGCCACGUGUGCGGCAAAGUGUUCGGUCAAAAGGGCCAUCUGCUGAUUCACAAGAACGUCCACGCGGAGGUGAGGCCCUUCGGAUGCGACACCUGCGGCAGGCGCUUCACUCAGAAGGGCAACCUCCUUCGGCACUCGCUCUUGCACACCAACGAAAAGCCCUUCGGAUGCGGCAUCUGCAGGAAGUUCUUCGUGCAAAAGGCUCAUUUGGUGAAGCACGUCGUGGUGCACAGGCAGAGGCUGGCUGCCCUUAAAAGGUGUCGGCGGAGGGAGGCGUCCGAGCGAGGGUCUUCCGCUGAGGAGACCUCCCUCAGAUGCAAGGCGUCAUGCAGCAUGACCAGACGGCCUGAUGCCUCCGUAGAAUUCAUCGGGAAUUCUACGGAGUUUAGCCCAGGCAGGAAUCGUUGGCCAUCAGAGAAGGCGGAGAGACACUGCCUUAUUCCGCGAUCUCGUUCCUCAGAGUCAGGUGAAAGCUCCCUAUAUAACUUUCAGAUCAGACAGAAAGUCAUCCGUUGCUUCCGAGAUACCAGGAUGAGUCGCAAGUCCCAUACCACCGCCCAAAGGUCCUUCAGGUGCCACGUGUGCGGCAAAGUGUUCGGCCAAAAGGGCAAUUUGCUGAUUCACAAGAAUGUCCACGCGGAGGUGAGGCCCUUCGGAUGCGACACCUGCGGCAGGCGCUUCACUCAGAAGGGCAACCUUCUUCGCCACUCGCUCUUGCACACCAACGAAAAGCCCUUCGGAUGCGGCAUCUGCAGGAAGUUCUUCGUGCAAAAGGCUCAUUUGGUGAAGCACGUCGUGGUGCACAGGCAGAAGCUGGUUGCCCUUAAAAGGUGUCGGCGGAGGGAGGCGUCCGAGCGAGGGUCUUCCGCUGAGGCCAAGGAGACCUCCCUCAGGUGCAAGGUCUGCGGACUGCAGUUCAUGCGGAUUUACAAGCUGAUGGAACACCUGAAAGCCCAGCAUAUUCUCGGAAGGGAAGGACAAUAA